AUGCUAAAGAGAACUCGUUCAGCGUCCACCAAUUUAGUCGAUGAUGACAUGCUACUUGAUAGUACGAAUGAUCAUGUCACCGGAGAUAGGUCCAAAAAGCAAAAGAAUAAAGAUGCCAUCACUCCAUCCACCAGUAAAGUAAUCCCAUAUUUAUCUGUCACGAGGUCCACCAAACCGUUACCUGAAUUAAAAUUAUCAUCCCUCGAGGAUGAUGGAAAGGAAAUUAAAGUUAGAAAUUGCUUAAUGUGGUUUAGAACAGAUUUAAGGAUAAAAGAUAAUAUCGCGUUGUAUCAAGCUUCGUCCUUUUUAAACACCAGCACAGAUAAUUAUCUUUUCGCGUUGUACGUCAUAUCGCCCGAAGAAUGGAAAUCGCAUGAUGUUGCGCCGGCGAGAGUUGAUUUCUGGUUCCGUAAUUUGAAAGAGUUAAAGAAGAGAUUGUCAGAAUUAAAUAUUCCGUUAAUCAUCCAGACUGUGGAUCUUGCGAGGAAUGUGCCCGCUAGUGUUAUUGAAUUGUGUGAGAAGUUGAACGUGAGUCAUGUGUUUGCUAACAUAGAAUAUGAGGUGGACGAGAUGAGGAGAGAUAACCGACUGCUUAACAUGGCAAGGAAGAAUUCGAUUAGUGUUCAAUUUUUGCACUCACAAUGCAUCGUGGAGCCAGGCAUGAUUUUGACAAAGGAAGGCAAAACCUAUACGAUCUAUACGCCUUUUAAGAAUUCGUGGAUCAAAUUCGUCGAAUCGAAUAUCUCCCUGUUAGAUUUGGUUUCAGAUCCAGUCGGAAAUUCCGAUAAAAUUUUAGAAUUAUAUCCAGAAACUUUCGAGUUCAACAUUCCCGACUCGAUUCCAGGAUUUGAUUUAGACGUGUCAUCCACUUGCAUUCAAACGAACUUUCCCGCAGGAGAACCAGAAGCACAUAGAAGACUCGGGCAAUUUGUUGCAAAUAAAAUCGGCAGGUAUAAUGAGGCUAGGGAUGUUCUUUCGCGAAAUGGUUCGUCGAGUUUGUCGCCAUACAUUGCAUCAGGAAUUAUUUCAGCUCGACAAUGCGUAUUGAAAGCAUAUCUGGCGAACAGAAAAAAACUCUCAAGAGGAAAUAUCGGAAUUGCCAAAUGGAUCGAGGAGAUUGUAUGGAGAGAAUUUUAUCGUCAUAUAUUGGUGGGAUUUCCUCAUGUUUGCAAGAAUCAACCGUUUAAAUUACACAUGAGUAAUAUUAGAUGGAAUGAGAACGAAGAAUAUUUUCGAAGAUGGUGCCAAGGAAAAACUGGAUACCCGAUUGUUGAUGCAGGUAUGCGUCAACUAAACGGAAGCGGCUGGAUGCAUAAUAGAGCUCGCAUGAUUGUUGCAAUGUUCUUGGUCAAAGAUUUGCUCAUUGACUGGAGAAAAGGAGAGAAAUACUUUAUGAAUCAUUUGAUCGACGGAGAUUUUGCAAAUAAUAAUGGUGGAUGGCAAUGGUGCGCCUCUACGGGGUCAGACGCUCAACCAUACUUCAGAAUUUUUAAUCCGACUAGUCAGAGUCAAAAGUGUGAUCCCAACGGAGAUUACAUCAGGAAGUGGGUGCCAGAAUUGAAAAAUCUUUCAUCACUAGACAUUCACGAUCCUUUUAAAUCGUUGCCUCGAUCAGAAUUUAAGAAGCUGGGGUACCCCGAACCCAUAGUUGACCAUGCUGUUAUGAGAGUCGAAACGUUGAAUAGAUUUAGACACGUGAAAAGGUAA